AGGAAGCAAACUCUUGGCGCAGCCCGAACGACUCUGAGGGUCCGGGGAAGGCGGUGGGACCCAGGGCUUUGAACGCCCAGCCACGUGAUGUGAGCACCUCCUAUUGGGAAAACGAAUCCGGAGGAGCUUGUGCUCCGGAGAGAGAACUCGGCCUGUCCAAGUUAUCUUGCACGAUAGUGCAACGCAAAUACAAGACGAUCCCCUCUCAAAACUGCAGCCGUUGAGGGCGGAAGUAACCGCCACCAGGAGACAAAACUCCCGAGGAUUGUAGCCAGAAACUCCGGGCACGAGACCUGUGGGCCCAGCGCAGGGGCAGCAGCAAAGGGGCGGGCCCGGAUUUUUCAGGGCAGGUGAUUGGUUGGCCCCCAGCGGCGGCGACACAGGCGCGUGCAACUGUCACCUCGGUCCGAGCCUCAAGCUGUCACCCUGGGUAGAGUCCUGUGGCAUCACAGCUCACAGCAACCUCCAACUCCUGGGCUCAAGCGAUUCUCCUGCCUCUGCCUCCCAAGCAGCUGAGACCACAGGGAAGAUGGAAGAGCUGAGCCAAGCCCUGGCUGGUAGCUUUUCUGUGUCUCAAGAUCUGAACAGCACAGCUGCCCCACACCCCCGCCUGUCCCAGUACAAAUCCAAGUACAGUUCCUUGGAGCAAAGUGAGCGGCGCCGCCGGUUACUGGAAUUGCAGAAAUGCAAACGGCUAGAUUAUGUGAACCAUGCCAGAAGACUGGCUGAAGAUGACUGGACAGGAAUAGAGAGUGAAGAAGAAGAUAAGAAAGAUGAUGAAGAAAUGGACAUUGACAGUGGCAAGAAGUUACCAAAACGCUAUGCUAAUCAAUUGAUGCUCUCUGAGUGGUUAAUUGAUGUACCUUCAGAUUUGGGGCAGGAAUGGAUUGUGGUCGUGUGCCCUGUUGGAAAAAGAGCCCUUAUUGUGGCAUCCAGGGGCUCUACCAGUGCCUACACCAAGAGUGGCUACUGUGUCAACAGGUUUCCCUCUCUUCUGCCAGGAGGCAACAGGCAAAACUCAACAACAGCAAAAGACUACACCAUUCUAGAUUGCAUUUACAGUGAGGUGAACCAGACCUACUAUGUUUUGGAUGUGAUGUGCUGGCGGGGACACCCUUUUUAUGACUGCCAGACUGAUUUCCGAUUCUACUGGAUGCAUUCAAAGUUACCAGAAGAAGAAGGACUGGGCGAGAAAACCAAACUCAAUCCCUUUAAAUUUGUGGGGCUAAAGAAUUUCCCCUGUACCCCUGAAAGCCUGUGUAAGGUGCUUUCCAUGGAUUUCCCUUUUGAGGUAGAUGGACUUCUCUUCUACCACAAGCAGACCCACUACAGCCCCGGAAGCACUCCCUUGGUGGGCUGGCUGCGCCCUUACAUGGUGUCUGAUGUCCUUGGUGUAGCUGUGCCAGCUGGCCCACUAACCACCAAGCCAGAAUAUGCUGGGCACCAACUCCAGCAGAUUAUUGAACAUAAGAGGAGCCAGAAGGAGGGCAUGAAGGAGAAACUCACACACAAGGCUUCUGAGAACGGGCACUAUGAGUUGGAGCACCUAUCUACCCCCAAGCUGAAGAGCUCUCCCUAUAACCCAGACCAUGCUGAGAACCUCAUGGAGAAUUAAAAGAGGGAAGCCCCCGUAAGGAGUCACGGAUGGUACUUGGCCCAGAAGGAAGACUGGAGAGGAGGAUGGUAACAAGAGAUGACUUCGUUUUAGAGUGGACUUUUCAAAGCCACUCCAGCUGGAAAUAGCUUAUUUUCAAUCUGAAAUGCUGGCUCUAAGAGGGGGAGGCAUUCCCAGAUUGGGUGGCAUUUGGAUUGAUUUGAGCAGCUCCUACCUUGAUAAGUGUAUCCCAGAUCUACAAUGUAAAUAUAUGUAAUUCUUAAGAA